AUGGGCGGUGGAGGGUCAACGGUGCGCAGCGGCCGCAUGCUGCUGCAGUUGCUGCGGCUGCCGCUGCUGCUGCUGCUGGUAGUGGCGCUGCUUCUGGUUGCAUUGCGCGUUCCCCCUGCUGCAUGCGGCGCUGUGAGCAGCGAUGCAUCGCUGGGGGCCUCUGGGCAGGGGCCCCCUGAGGGCCCCCCGAGGCCUAUUCGUGCAGCAAAUGUUGCAACACAGCGACGGGUAGGAGGAGCAAGAGGAGCAACAAGAAAGAUGAAGACAGCUAGAGCAGCAACAAUGAGGAGUUUGUCUGUGCGGCCAUCUCGGCGGGGCCUGACAGCAAGAGGAAGGGGGGGGUUACUUGGUGCUGCACCAGGAGGAGAUGCAGCAGCACUGCAGCGAUCCACGCGGCUGAUGCUGGAAUCUUAUAGAAGAAGCACAAUGACGUUAAAGGCGCAGCAGAGGUCAGGCAAGCAGUCUGCUCUGUUGCUGCUUGUAUCUGUUGCUGUUGUUCUCGCUGUGUCUGUUGUUCUAGCUGAGAGGAAAGCAGCAGCAGCAGAAUACGCACGUGAGAUAGAGGAAGGGAAAAUGCUAUCGGAUGCAGAUAAAGCAUCAGUGCAGCAGGAUCUUGUUUCUGCUGCUGCUGCUGCUGCUUAUGCCCGCCGAGAGAUGGACGCAUUGCUGCAGCGGGAGAGAUCAGCUAAGGAAGCUUUGAAGCUGCUGCAGCAACGAAGGGAAACAGCAUCAUCGCGUGCAGCACAGGCGUUGCUGGCAGCGCAUGCAAGCAGUGAUGAGAAUGUAGCUCGAGCUCAAGCAAGAAUAGAGAAAGCUGCAGCCGAAAGAGAUGCAGCAAAGCAAGAACUGGAGGCAUUGCUGCAGCUCGAUGGACUUACACCUGAAAAAGCGGGAGAGUUUCUCGAGUCAGCUGCACAAGAGUGGGCGCGAUGGACGCAGGAGGAGGAGCAGGUGACAGCAUCACUAGCUGAGAUACGUGCUGCAAUGGAAGCAGGAGCGAAGCAAGAAGUACAGAGGAAGGUUGUUGAGCUGAGUGCUGUACAGCAGGAAUUAGAAGCUUUAAGAAAUGAAGUUCAGUUACUAGAAGGAGAAAAUGCAGAAGAAAGGGCAAAAGGUAGUGCAGGAUCUGAACUAGAGAAAGCUGUUGCUUGCUUACAAGAGGAAAGAGCUGGAUUGCUGCAACAAGUGCUGGAGGAAAGGCAACAAGUAGACAAUAUAUCUGCAGGUAAAGAGGAUUUAAAAAGAGAAAUCACAAAAAUACAAGAAGCAAUAGAUGCAGCUCAAGCAAAACUUGUUGUAUUAGGUAAAACACCAACAACAUGGGUUGCCGUAGAUACAUCGUUGCUGUUUAAAGAAGAAAUUCAGCUUAUAGAGGCACAGCGACGUGUACAGCUGCUGAAGGCGCAGCAAGAGUUGUUGAGUGAGGAGUUUAAAGAUAUUGAUUUAUCUGGGGAAGAGCUAGAAGUAAAGAGAACAGAAAGCGAACUCCGGCUUAAUACAGAUAGCAGCGAGGAAGCUAUGACGGUUACUGAGCUUCUUAUUGCUUUACAAGAAGGAGUUGAAUCAGGCGUUGGCGCGGAACUAGUACAACGUAUAUGGGAAGAAACACAAGCAAAACUAAGUGAAAUGGAGAUGAAACUUGAACUAUCAGAAGAAUUGAUAGAAACGCUCGAGGUAGAGGCACACGGAAUGAAGUAUGAAGGGAACAGAGCAAUGUAUGGAAACGAUAUGUUUGUGCAAGCACCACCAGAACCAGCACAAGAAGAAGAACAGCAACAAACUGCUGUAGAUGGGCCUCCACUACCAACGGAACAGGCAGAGCCAACACAAGAAGUUGCAACUCCCCAGGCAGCAGAAGGCCAGGAGGAGGAGGAGGAGGAAGAAGAAGAAGAAGAAGAAGAAGAAGAAUACGACGAAGACGAAGACGAAGAAGAAGACAGCGAUGACGGUGUGCUGAUGUAUGCGGGCGAAGAAGUAGAUGAGAUCCCUGAAGGAGAAGAUCAUAUGGACCUUGGUGAACUUGAGGGAUUCACAAUGAAAAAUGUAUUGCAGCUGCGUACACCAGAAUUCAGAGAAAGAAGCGGCGAAGGAAACCUGAAACUGCCUCGAGAGGAAGAGUUCCCGACACCGCAAAUGAGCCAAGAAGAAAGAGAUGAACUACGAAGGGCAAGGCAACUCAGACAAAAGAAAAAAUAA